GACAUUAGUGAGCUGACAUUCCGAUUAGAAAGAAAAUAAUAAUAUUUCAACGCAAAGUGUAAUCUUGGGAUUGCAGUUAUAAACUAGCAUUUAACUCGUAAUAACUUGCUAUAUUAAUUUCCUCAGUCAAUAAUAAAGUAUCAUAAAUAUGGAGAAAGAAUUAGAUAAAGUGGUGGAAGAGAUUAUGUCGACACCAAAUGUGAAUGGCUGUUUGGUUGCGGAUCAUCAGGGACUUUGUUUGGCAUCCAAAGGUUCAGCUCAUGUGGACUCAGCAGGUAUAAUUGUGGCAAUAUCGGAACAAGCGUGUAAGAUUCAACCGAAUUUAAAACCGCCCACUGUCUGCUUAGAAACCGACAACAAGAUAUGUUUGAUUCAGAGACACGGGACGAUCACUGGUGCGAUUUUUAAACAAAAAGGCGCAGCCUAAACAUAGUAUAAUCAAGUUAUGAUAUGCGAGUGUGCCGUGAGGCAAUAAUGUAUAUUUAUGAAUUAAAAAGUGCUAACCCUUUGUUAUCUAUGCAUAUAUUAUAUUUACAGUUGUUACGUUUGUAAAUACUUAAGUCAGAAAUAAACCUGGUUUCCUUUAAAAUUGUA